AUGCAUGCCUCCUGCUUCGCGUGCAUCUUAGAAUGGAUUCACACAAAACAGGGCGACAAACAAUGCCCUCUAUGUAAAGCGCCGUUGGGCUCAUACAUCUUGCAUUCCUUAGAUCCAGCGACGCAUGAUUUUCAUUUCUACUCAAUCCAUCAUGGGAGCGAGACACAACCUUUCGUAAGGGCACACGGAGUAUCAGACGACGCCACCAAUGCCUCAAACACUAAUUAUCCUGUCGAUGAAAUUGAAAGCCACACAAAUCUAACAAUGGCGAGAGAGCACAGGACUCGACGCACGAGCGUCUCGGAACUGCGUCGUCAUGAAGAGCAAAAGACCCGAGCAAAACAGCGUGCUGCAUUGGCAUUCCGACGGCAUGUUUAUCGGCAUCAUUUACCCGCAAAACAUGUUGCAUCGAAUAAAUAUACACGGUACCAACCAUACCCGGGUCCAAGCGGAUUUCGCGCAAAACCAGUCUAUGCUAGACUUCUAUCAGCGUUUUUACAGCGUGAAUUGCAAGUGUGGCCACAUCUAGACAUCGGUUUCCUUUCAUACUAUAUUCCUGCGCUCUUAUCGCACCUAGAUGUCACGUCAGAUGCAUUUCUGGAGCGGCUUACAGAAUGGAUUGGGAACGAGCGUGAUGCACGUCUUCUCGCGCACGAAAUGGAGCUCUUUAUUCGAAGCGGACGUGGUGGUUUGGGUCUUGAUCAUUAUGACACGAAUCCAUGGCUUCAAUACGACCCAUCGUAA